AUGACUCUUGCAGCUUAUAAAGAGAAGAUGAAAGAGCUCCCCCUAGUGUCCCUCUUCUGUUCCUGCUUCCUAGCUGACCCCUUGAAUAAAUCUUCCUACAAAUAUGAUGGUUGGUAUGGAAGAAAGAAAAAAAGAAGAGGAAGAGGAAGGGGAAGGGGAAGAGAAAGAGGGAGGGAGAGAAAGAGGAAAGCAGACACUGUGGCUCUGAACUGGUGUGUCAUUUCUGACAUGGAAGUCAUUGAACUGAAUAAGUGUACCUCUGGCCAGUCCUUUGAGGUCAUCCUGAAGCCACCCUCCUUUGAUGGGGUGCCUGAGUUCAAUGCCUCUCUGCCCCGGAGGCGAGACCCAUCCUUGGAGGAGAUCCAGAAGAAGUUAGAAGCUGCAGAAGAGCGGCGGAAGUACCAGGAAGCCGAGCUCCUGAAACACUUAGCUGAAAAGCGAGAACACGAGCGGGAGGUGAUCCAGAAAGCCAUUGAGGAAAAUAAUAAUUUCAUCAAGAUGGCGAAGGAGAAACUGACACAGAAAAUGGAAUCCAAUAAGGAGAACCGGGAAGCCCAUCUUGCUGCCAUGUUGGAACGUCUGCAAGAGAAGGACAAACAUGCCGAAGAGGUUCGGAAAAACAAGGAGCUCAAGGAAGAGGCCUCCAGGUAA